GGGCCCAGCUGGAGCCACCCGCCCGAGAUUGCUGGGUGCAGCCCCAGCUCUCCGGGGCAGCCCCCGGACCCCUCUUGCAACACGCGCGCAGCCCCAGCCCCGGCUCUUCCUGCGCGGCGGGUCUCGUGUCCCCCGCCCCCCUCCCGCGCAGGGCGCAGCUGGGGAUUGGCAGAGCCCGGCCCCCGGCUGACUCAGGCGCCGCAACCUGCCCUUAAAGGCUCGGCCCGAGCACGCAGGAAGCAGCUGCCGCUCCGGGACCGCCGCGCUGAGCAUGGCCGGGCUGCCCCCGCAUCUCGCCCUGCUGCUGCUCUGCGGCUGUCUCUGGCCGGCCGCCGGCCUCUACUUCAGGGAAGGGCAGCACUGCUACAAGCCGGCCCCGCGCAAGCCCCCCGGGCUCAGAACAUAUCCUCGACCUCAUGAAUACCUGGACAUUUCUGAACUUCCCACAAGCUGGGAUUGGCGAAAUGUAAACGGAAUCAAUUUUGCCAGUACCACUCGGAACCAGCACAUUCCUCAGUACUGUGGGUCUUGUUGGGCUCACGGCAGCACUAGUGCCUUAGCAGAUCGCAUCAACAUCAAGAGAAAAGGUGCUUGGCCUUCUGCCUACCUCUCUGUUCAGAAUGUUAUUGACUGUGCCAAUGCAGGGUCUUGUGAAGGUGGAGACCACUCAGGUGUUUGGAUGUAUGCUCAUGACCAUGGCAUUCCAGAUGAGACCUGUAACAACUACCAAGCCAAAAACCAACCAUGUAAGAAGUUUAACCAGUGUGGAACAUGUGUUACCUUUGGGGAAUGCCACGUGAUACAGAACUACACCCUCUGGAAAGUUGCUGACUAUGGCUCUAUCAGUGGAAGGGAAAAAAUGAUGGCAGAAAUCUAUGCCAAUGGUCCAAUCAGUUGUGGCAUAAUGGCUACUGCCAAGUUGGAUGCAUACACUGGAGGACUUUAUUCUGAAUACAACCCCUCUGCUAUGGUGAAUCACAUUGUAUCUGUGGCUGGCUGGGGUGUGGAAAAUGGAAUUGAAUUCUGGAUUGUCCGUAAUUCCUGGGGUGAACCAUGGGGUGAACGGGGAUGGCUGAGGAUUGUGACAAGCGCAUAUAAAGGUGGAAAAGGAGCGGAGUACAAUCUUGCUAUUGAAGAGGAUUGUGCCUAUGGGGAUCCAGUGUUUCCUUGACUGUUUCUAUGGCUUUUGGGAUAUUUUCUGAACUUUUAUUUUAAGGGUUUUUUUUUUUAAUUUUAAAUCAAGGCAUUUUUUUUAAUUAAAAGGCAAUUUUGAAUUUUUGUAGUACGGAAUGACUGUUUAAAAAGGAAUUAUCCCAGAUCACCGUUGUUUUUAAAAGUGAAAUGAACUGCCUCUAAUUUUAACUUACAUUACAUAUUUAAAUGCUGCUAUUAAGACAAAUUUGCUUAUCUUCCACUUUAGUGCCUGGAAUUUACUUACCAAGCAAUUUGAUCAGAAAAGUAUAGGUACAAAUCCUCUCAUGGGGGGAGGGGAGGGGGGGAAAAAUCACUCACUUCUCAAUAUUUAAUCUGAGGAGAAUAUUUAGAUUUGUUUUACAUUUGUAACACAGGAGCUUUUUUCCUUUUGGUAUAAACUGUAAAAUUUACUCAAAGCAGGAGAUGCUUAUUUCUUAUGAAAACGUAGACUUGUAAAGUAUACACAAAGUACAACAGAAUGAAGUAAACAUGCUACAUAAAUGCAGAGCCAGUA